UUGUUUAUAUCAGGUAUGAGCUGCUGCAGUGUUGUGAAGAUGGUCACUCUCGUACAAAUUCCGGUUCAAGCACACCUGGACAAUCCAACAAAGUACCAUCUACAACAUACACAAAGACAGCAAGUAAAGCAGUACCUUACACUUGGAACUAAGUUUUCAUCACAACCUCUUUCAUAUCCACAUGCUAUUCAACCCACGGGAGUGAGUUCAACACUAAGAAAUGGACACAUGUCUCCUGCUCCGGAGGCUUGUACAAAUGAUGGAAUGGUUACAAACUUACUAACUUUGGGAUCCGGUCAAGAAAAUGAGAUGGAAGAAGUUAUUGAUGACAUUAUGAGCUUAGAAUCAAGUUUCAAUGAUGAUGGCUUAAACUGCACAGAACCUUCAUUAUUGAUGUCAAGCAAUUUACCACUUUCUGGCAGCAUUCUGGAUGUUUACAACAACGACCAAGGUAUCACCAGCUCCAACAUGGGACUUUCUAAUAAUUCCUGUCCAUCCAGUAUCGGUGUGAAAAGGGAAGUUACGGAUACAAGAGCAAUGGCAAAAGAGAGACAGAAGAAGGACAAUCAUAAUCUCAUUGAACGGCGGCGAAGAUAUAAUAUUAACUACAGGAUUAAAGAACUUGGCACGUUAAUCCCAAAGACAAAUGACCCUGAUAUGCGCUGGAACAAAGGGACUAUUUUAAAAGCUUCGGUAGAAUACAUCAAGUGGCUACAGAAAGAACAACAAAGGGGCAGAGAAUUAGAACACAGGCAAAAGAAAUUAGAACAAGCCAACAGAAGAUUACUGCUUCGCAUUCAGGAACUUGAAAUUCAAGCCCGAGCCCAUGGUCUUCCAAUGCCAGCCAUGUGUACUGUAGAGCUCGCAUCACAGGUCAUUAAGCAGCAAACGUAUGGAGAAGAUAUAUCAGAAGAAUAUGCUCAUCAGCUUCCUUUGGCUCUUGGACAAUCCACUGACCUGUGCGAUGGAUCGACUGCAUUUUCUGAUCCACUUUCACACUUCACAGACUUAUCAUUCAGUGCUGCUUUAAAGGAACAGAUGUUAGAAGAAAUGUCUCCAUUUGGAACAGAUCCCUUCCUGUCUGCUACGUCACCUGACCUUUCUAAAGGAAGUAGCAGGAGGAGCAGCUUCAGCACAGAUGAUGAUGAUCUAUGAGCAAAAUUGCCACAAUCACAGAAACAAAACCAUAUUUAUAUAUUUGUGACUGUAGCUUCAUUCUUAACAAAAGAAGACUAUAACAUAUAUUUUUUGUACUUUAUCAAUGCAAAAUGUGAACAUUUCACAGCUAACUUUUAUAAACACCUUGAUUUUUACAACUGUUUAUAUGCAAGAAAUCCCUCUAAGCUAUGACUGGGCAAUGUGAUAUAUUCUUUGUGUAGACCUCUCAACACUCUCAACACUCCAAGACAGGCAGCUGUUACUGAACCCCUUAAAAACCAAUGAUAGUUCUUACCAUUAUCACUGUCUGGUCCUUAAAGACUUUCAAGUCAAGCAUGGAAUGAUCUGUUUUGACAACAACAGAUCCACACCUUACUGAUGUCCAAAGCCAAAUUCACAUAACAGUUUGAUGUAGAAACAGGAUUCUCAGGGCCUUCCCCAAAAAAGUAAACCACACACACACACACACACACACACACACUCU